AUGGCCAGUUCCAGGCAAUAUUUGUCGUUUGUUUUUGUUAUAAUAUUUCUGUGCAUUUCUCAAACAUGUUGUCAUUAUGAGACUAGCCAAGGAAAUUCACCACUUUACAGUCAAACAAAUAGUAAUACAUCAAAAUUGAAAUUGACUUCUCCUACCACAGGAGCUCCAUGGCCAAUGCCACAAAGUUAUAAUGUGAAACCAGAUGUAAAUGUCAUAAAUGUUGGUAACUUUAAAUUCGUCCAUGGCAAAUAUCAGUGUAUGAUUUUAGACGAAGCAUUUAUUCGUUAUUAUAAAUUGAUAUUUAAUCAUAAUGAGAACUUUAGACGGUCUUCAUCUUAUAAAAUAUUGAAAUUUGAGAGUGGUAUAACACAACUAGAAGUCCUUGUCAACACACCUUGUAAGGAUAAUGAAUAUUUUAAACUAGAUACAGAUGAAUCAUAUAAUAUAAAGAUCUCUAAAGAUUCAGCUGUAUUAAAUUCUAAAACUGUAUGGGGAGCAUUAAGAGGUUUAGAAACAUUCAGUCAAAUUAUAUAUCAUGAUAAAUUGGGUCAAUAUGUUGUCAAUACUACAACAAUUUCUGAUCAUCCCCGAUUUCCACAUCGUGGUCUAUUAUUAGAUACUUCUAGACAUUUUGUAUCCAAAAAUAUCUUACUACAAAAUCUGGAUGCCAUGGCUCAGAAUAAAUUUAAUGUGUUUCACUGGCACAUAGUUGAUGAUCCUUCCUUUCCUUAUGAAAGCAUAAUGUUUCCUGAACUCUCUCAAAAGGGUGCCUAUGAUCCUGAAACUCAUGUUUAUACUCAAUCUGAUAUACAAGAAAUUAUAGAAUAUGCCAGAUUACGUGGUAUUAGAGUUGUUCCUGAAUUUGACACACCAGGUCAUACCCAAUCAUGGGGUAAGGCACAAACUGAUUUAUUAACUAAAUGUUAUACUAAAGGUCAACCUAAUGGUCAGUUUGGUCCAAUAGACCCAGUAAAUAAUGCUACCUAUACAUUCCUACAGAAAUUUUUCAGUGAAAUAGCUAAUGUCUUUCCUGAUCAAUAUAUACAUCUUGGUGGAGAUGAAGUUAGUUUUAAUUGUUGGGCUAGUAAUCCAGCUGUAAAGGAAUUUAUAAAGAAAAUGGGAUUUUUUUUCUAUGGUCAAGUAGAAGAGUACUAUAUGCAGAAAUUAUUAGAUAUAGUUGGAAGAUUAGGUAAAGGAUAUCAGAUAUGGCAGGAAGUUAUUGAUAAUGGAGCUAAGGUGCGUCCUGAUACUGUUGUUGAAGUAUGGAAGUCAGGAUGGGAAAAGGAAAUGGAUAAAGUAACUAAAAUGGGAUAUAAAACAUUAUUAGCUUCUUGUUGGUAUUUAGAUAUGAUAAAAUUAGGAGAUUGGCAGUCGUUUUAUGUUUGUGAUCCAUUUAAUUUUCCAGGAAAUGCUAGUCAGAAGAAAUUAAUACAGGGAGGUGAAGCAUGUUUAUGGGGAGAAUUCGUUGAUGAUACUAAUCUUAUGUCUAGAUUAUGGCCACGUGCAUCAGCUGUAGGAGAAAGACUAUGGAGUAACCAGACUGUUAGUAUUCCAUUUGUAGCUCAACCUAGAUUAGAGGAACAUAGAUGUCGUAUGGUUGGACGUGGUUUUCCAGCUGAACCAGCAACAGGACCUGGAUUUUGUAAAGAAGAAUACAUUCAUUCUUGA